UACCUAAGUAAACAAAUUAAGUGUAAAACAAAUAUAUAUUUUAGAAACUGGUUGUAUUCAAAGCAAGUAUUCUUCUGCAGAAACUAAAAAUCGUAACAUUCCAAACUGAAUAAAAAACCUUUGUUUCCUAAUUUAUAAAAAAUGUAAAAGUGUUGAUAAUGUUUUGGAGUGGUGUUUAUUUUUAUUUAGAAAAUGAAAAAUAAUGUAUUAUAAACCAUCACAGCCACCGAUGUAUCCUUGUUGGAAUAAUUCAUUAAAUUGUAUUAUCCACUUAAAACAUAAAAUGUAGCAAGCAUGAAAGGAGACGAUGAUGAUAUAGAUACACAAAUCAAGCUUGAAUUGGAUGCAUUAGAUGAAGCUAGUCUUGCCAGUGAGCCAUCUGAUGAACAAUUUGAGUGUAAUUAUGAGGAAAACGAUUACUUUGAUUCGUCAUUAUCUCAAUAUUUAUCGCUGAUCAAACACAAUGAAAGGAAUGCAGAAGAAAAAGUUUUGAUUGCCCAGGAUGUUAUUGAUGCUUUAGACAAAGUGUCGCUGGAUACCGAUCAGUUAUUAGAAAAAAAACUAAGAGAAACCCUGCAUGAUGACUAUGGAGACAAACUGAUAAAUAUUCACGCUGAGGUUGCCAUCGAUUUAGAGAAAAUUGAACUUCAAGAUGAAAAGAACAUGAAAUUAAAGGUUGAUGAUAAAACUCCUCUGGCUCUUGAUAUUAUUAGACCUGAUGUGCUCGAGGAAACCAGGGAGAUAGAAGAAGCAGCACUGGCUAAACUAAUUGAAUUGCAAAAAAGUCAACUUGAACAAGAAAAACAACGACAGAUGGCUAGGAAAAAGAAAUGCAAUGAAGAUAAAGAAUUUCAAAAACUUAUUCAAGAAAAAAGAGAGGCUAAGCAGAAUGAAUUAAAGAAGCUUCAAGAGAGGUUGAAAUUAGAACAACAGACAUUAACCAAUACCUUGGAGAAGGAUCUUGCAGUUGAAGAAACUCGCAUUCAGAAUUUCCAAAAUUCAUUGCAGGAGGUAAUUGAAAAUAAUCUGCAGCUGGAAAAGGAACGUUUAAAGUCAUUACAAGAUGAAUUUGAUAGAAACGAUCACCAGAGAAAACAAAGUGGCGCCAUUUUAGUUCAAAAGCAUUUCAGGAGAUAUAUAGCGCAGAGGUUAUAUGGACCAGAACUAGAUAUCAUUAAAAGGAAAAGACUGCAGAAGGAAGAAGAAAAACGAGAACUGCAACGAAAAGACGAAAAGAGAAAGAAAAUUGAAGAGGAAUGUCAACGAAUAGAAAAAAUCAGAAGCAAACAGGAAAGACUUAAGAAAGAAAAGGUGGUGAAAAAAUUUGAAAGAGGGAAAACAUAUACUGAACAAAAAAUAAUUGUUAGGAGAGAAAUUGAGAAAGCCUGUACGAAAGAUGUCAGUAAUGUCAAUGUAAUCUCUGCCAGGGAAAAAUAUUGUUGUGUCGAUACAUACAUACCAACCAGUUGUGAAGCACAAGCAAAAGAUUGUAUUGAUAUUUUAAACAAAAGAGAAGAAGAGAUUGGGAGACAAGAUGGAUGUAAACUAGGUGAAGAUGGAUGUAAACUAGGUGAAGAUGGAUGUAAACUAGGUGAAGAUGGAUGUAAACUAGGUGAAGAUGGAUGUAAACUAGAUGAAGAUGGAUGUAAACUAGGUGAAGAUGGAAGUAAACUAGGUGAAGAUGGAUGUAAACUAGGUGAAGAUGGAUGUAAACUAGGUGAAGAUGGAAGUAAACUAGGUGAAGAUGGAAGUAAACUAGGUGAAGAUGGAUGUAAACUAGGUGAAGAUGGAUGUAAACUAGGUGAAGAUGGAUGUAAACUAGGUGAAGAUGGAUGUAAACUAGGUGAAGAUGGAAGUAAACUAGGUGAAGAUGGAUGUAAACUAGGUGAAGAUGGAUGUAAACUAGGUGAAGAUGGAUGUAAACUAGGUGAAGAUGGAAGUAAACUAGGUGAAGAUGGAUGUAAACUUGGUGAAGAUGGAUGUAAACUAGGUGAAGAUGGAUGUAAACUAGGUGAAGAUGGAUGUAAACUAGGUGAAGAUGGAAGUAAACUAGGUGAAGAUGGAUGUAAACUAGGUGAAGAUGGAUGUAAACUAGGUGAAGAUGGAUGUAAACUAGGUGAAGAUGGAUGUAAACUAGGUGAAGAUGGAUGUAAACUAGGUGAAGAUGGAAGUAAACUAGGUGAAGAUGGAAGUAAACUAGGUGAAGAUGGAUGUAAACUAGGUGAAGAUGGAAGUAAACUAGGUGAAGAUGGAAGUAAACUAGAUGAAGAUGGGUGUAAACUAGGUGAAGAUGGAUGUAAACUAGGUGAAGAUGGAUGUAAACUAGGUGAAGAUGGAUGUAAACUAGGUGAAGAUGGAAGUAAACUAGGUGAAGAUGGAUGUAAACUAGGUGAAGGUGGAUGUAAACUAGGUGAAGAUGGAUGUAAAAGCAACAGUAGUAACUUGGACAUGCAAGGUGAAGCUAUCGACUGUUAUGAUAGAUGUAACAAUUCAUUGUGUCUUAAUUUAGAAGUAGAAAAAACAGGCUCUUCUGUCAAUGAAAGUAAUUCUUUGAACAUUAUUUCUCCAGAUAUGUCUACUUGUUUUGUAAAUGAGAUCAUUGCAUGCAAGGAAAGCGAUGACACAAACUUACCUUCAAAACAUGAAGAUGAAACGAUACCCGAGAAAAAAUACGUUAGUAUGCAGUACUGUUUAGAUACUACUUGUAAUUGCUCAAACACAGGGGAUGUUGGAAAUAUUACAAUUAAAAAUAGUGAAAUUCAAAAUGAUGUUAUUCAAGCACAUUGUACUGAAAAAAAUAAACUUGCAGAAGACAUUUAUAUGUCCCGGUACGUCGUAGACAAGAAUGCUAUCCUUGAAAAAGUAAAUGUUCCUCCUUCAGCACAGAAAGGUUGCAUAAAUUCGGUCAAAGAAAAGUCUCAAGUUGAAACGGAUGAUCCAAAAGUGACUGCAAGCAAAGAAAUAAACAAUUACAAAAUCAUUCAAGAAAAUAGAGAUGCGGAGAAACAUUUAAACAUUACCUCAAAAAAUACCAAGGAAAGUGACACGUGUCUAAGUAGUUUUCAAGAUUCGACAUCAAAAGAGGAAAUUUCAUGUGAUAUUGACGAAGUUCCCGUCCUGUCACAAAUAAAGCAUAUAUUUCAUAAUUGGAUUACUUUUACCUCAGGCAUUAGAACAUUGUACGGGAUAAAUUAUGCUGACACGAACUUUAGUGAAUUAAAAAAUUUGCAAGUUGUCAAGAAGGAAAAUGCAUUUAGUAUCACAAAUCAUGAAGAACUGAGAUGCUUAGUUCUAAAAAACUCAAAACCGCCAUCUUUAAGUGAUCUUCACGAAAGUAAACAUUUGCAGUUUUUACAACUACAGAAUUGCCAGCUGACAUCACUUUCUGCAUUCUUUAAACAACUCACCAUUCUUAAUUUACAAAACAACAAUCUGUCAAGUGUUCGACAAUUUGAAGAAUUGUCAUCUCUUGUGUCAUUAAAUUUAUCAGACAAUGUCAUAAGUCGCAUAAGCGGUUUAAGAAAUUGUUGCAAAUUGCAGUAUCUGAAUGUAAACAACAAUCAAAUCGUAUCGAUGAAGGGUCUACAGUAUUUAAAACAUUUAAAUGUUUUAUCUUGUAAGAAUAAUAUUAUCUCCAGUGUGGAUGAAAUACAGCACUGCUUAUUGUUGAGAGAAGUUGACUUCUCUGCAAACAGUGUGACGAAGCUACCUGCUUUCUUAAACAACGUAUUGAUGUACAAGUUGAUAUUAGAUGACAACAACGUCGCUUCAAUAGACAAUAUUAAAGAGUAUUGGUUACCUCACCUUACCGUAUUAUCUGUUGCUGGUAACAGCAUUCAAAACCUGCCUUCUCUUGAAAACCUUAUCCUGUUAAAAGUCAUAAAUCUAAAGAACAAUUUGAUAUCUGACGCAAAUGUAUUCUAUUCAUUAAAACAAUGCUGUUUGUUGGAACGCCUGUGUAUCGAAGGAAAUCCUGUAAUAAGUACACCAAAUAUAAAGCUGACAAUAUUUAACAUACUGAUUUGGUUAAAAUAUGUAGAUAACGAAAAACUUGAUAUAAACGAGGUGACAAACAUCAAUUCAUCUUUCACUGCUGGGUGUGUGGAAGAGACGGUAGCUUACACUGCUUUAAAAAAACAACUCGAUACAGUCUUGACAGAAGUAGAUGCGGAAGAAAACAUCGAAGAAAAUUUUCCAAAACAAGUCACUCUAUGGAAAGAGUUGGAUAGGCUCUCAGUGUCGCGCUGGAACGUACAUCGUGCGUUAAAUAAACAAAAAGAAGAUAACGAAGCAACCGAGUUGAUCGUCACUGAAGGCAAAACAGGACUGGCUGAAGUAUCUCGAAUAGAACAGCAUCCCCUUGUUGUACACAAUAAGCAGUUGAAAAACGCACAAAUUGAGAAAGAAGAGAAAAAAGAAAAAGCCGCUACUAAAAUUCAGACUGCUUAUCGUAGUCACAGGGUUCGUCAAGCUUAUUUGUCAUUUCUGAACUCGCUAUAUGCAAAAGAGGAAGAUGUUUCGCAUUAUAGUGAGUUUGAUUACGAAGAAGAAAUCAACCUUGAUGAAUUUGAGUUGGACGAUCAUAUGUUGGAAUGGAAAGUACCUGCAACUCCACAUGCACCUGUAAGUGAUUUAGUUUCGCCACAUAUAAGAAGUGGGUCGGUUACAAAACUCCAGGUGGAAGAAGCAUGGAACACACCUGUUUCUUUGAAGACAAACUUGAUGACAUCUGAUGAAUCGUCCAUGCCGACCAUCAGUCCUGAAAGUGAUCGCUCUUCAGUCGGUAGUACGCGUAGAACUGAACAUAUAAGUGAAGAAUGGGGGUUUCACAAUGAGGUCACUGCAGAACUGAUGUUAAAACGUGCAAAGAAAAUGGGUGUUGGUAAAAAGAAAAAAGUAUUAAAUUCAGACCAAAGGUAUCAACUUUUUAUGAAGAACAAAGAUUCAUUUAUUGGACCUGUUACAACACAUAGAAAACAAGGCGUUGGAAAACAAAGCUACUUUCAAGUACAUGGCUCUCCCACUCCACUGUUUCGUCAAUAUGAAAGUAAACAGAUGACAUAUAGUUGGGUGUGCGAUCAAGCAGUACUACAUCAAGAAAGAGCAAACGAACUUUUUGGAGACGAGAAAAAAAAUGUUUCCGAAGUCUUAACCUCUCGUAGUGCAAAGGAAUCCAUUAAAAGAGUUGGAAGUGAGCCGAUCUUUUUACCACAGCUCGACCCUGCUGUAAUUGCAGGCAGAACAGUACCGCUAGUGCAAUCUGAAGUUCAUAACCCGAAACCACCAUCAAAGCGAUCAUCAUCUGGAUCAAUUAACGCUCGAAGACAUGUGUUGGGUAGCGAAUCUAAGUCACAUUCGGCGCCGCAUCAAAGAACAUCAGAUGGACGAAACGAGAAGGAGUUACGAUGGAAACAAAUGGCCUACAGAUAACUGAUAUGCGUAGAAACUUUCGCGGGCAGUAACUUUCGCAAAUUUACGUCACGAAAUUUUCAAAAUCAGCGAUUCGAAAAGUUUAUGAAAAAAAUUAGAGUAAAAAUAUUUUGAGAUUCAACUCCUGAAAUUUCAAUGUUAACUUUCAGUAAUUUACGAAAGUUAGUGCUCGAGAACAAUUUAUGUUUGCACAAUCUUAUGACUUAUCGCGAAAGUUCGUAGUCAAUUCUGCCUAGUCUAAUUGUUGCGCGGUCUAAAAAAAGGGCCAUGCACAGAUAUAGGUACCUAAUUUCGCAAAAUUGCUUUUUUAGUAAGUUAGUUACUUCGUUGGAUCAAUUUUUGUAGACUUUUCGCGAAUUCGCUAUUUUAAAAACUCUCAUUGUUUACAUUUUACGCGAAUACUUGGGGUAAGUUACCGAAAUUUUACACUCGAGAAAAUUAAUGUGCUUUGUAAAUAUUGUAUAUUUGAAUCGGUGUUUUUUUUAUUUUUUUUUGCUAAAUAAAUGAUGUUCCCAUAUU